UACGCGCUCCGGCCGGAGAAGCUCGUGCUGGACGGUCUCUCUCUGCACGUCAAGCCGGGCGAGGUGGUCGCGCUCUGUGGGCCGAGCGGAGGCGGCAAGUCGCCUACGCCUCGCUGCGCGGUGCUCCUCGACGACGUGCCCAUCUCUCGGCUCGACCCGGGCUGGUUCCACCGGCAAGUUGCGCUGGUGGGGCAGGAGCCCGUCCUCUUCGCCCGCUCGAUCGAGGACAACAUCUGCUACGGCCUCGGCGAGCGCGGGGAGGGGCGGCCCUCGACAGAGGAGGUGCACGCCGCCGCGCAGCUCGCCAACGCGCACGACUUCCAGGCUUCGAGCUCGGCUACGCCACGCCCGUCGGCGGAGAUGCGGGGCGCGCAGUUAAGCGGCGGGCAGAAGGAGCGCAUCGCGAUCGCGCGCGCGCUGGUGCGGCACCCGUACCCUCACCGCGGCCCUUUGCCGUCCGCUCAGGCGACGAGCGCGCUCGACGCGGAGAGCGAGGCGGUGGUGCAGGCGGCGAUCGACUCGAUGAUUGCGCAGGGCGGGAUGACGGUGGUCGUCCUCGCACACCGGCUGUCGACCAUCCGGAACGCCGACUGCAUCUGCGUCGUCAAGGGGGGGAGGGUCGCCGAGGAGUGCCCGCACCACGAGCUCAUGGCGAGGCCGGCGGGCGUCUACGCGAAGCUCGUCUCCAAGCAG